UAAAUUUCUCCUUCAAAAUGGCUUAAACUUGCAGGGCGAGACGUUUUCCUCACUUCGACUGGAGUCUGGAGACAUGGAGAAGGAAGAAGACGAAUCUGCGCAACAAAAGCAAGAGACAAGUGAAGAGCCUAAAACGACGUCAUCUCUCUUUCCAGUUUCCCCUCAAUUCUCAAUUUCUGCUGCCGCCGGCGCCGGCGCCGUUCCGGAAUGGCUUCGCAACUCCAGCUUCACGACCAACCUCUCCGUCAUAAACGACUCCCUAUCGGCGCACCACCGCCAUGCCCCCUUCCAGUACGAAGACAAAGAGGAGGAAGAAGAAGAAGUUGAUAAGGGCUCUAAUAAAGAAAGAGCACAGUACGAGUUGCUGGACUCUUCCGCAUCAGACCGCGGCCCCUCUUCUUCUCCUUCGGACGAAGAGAGGGACAACAGAAGGAAAAGGCGGAUGAAGAAGCGUAAGCGGAGGAGGGAACGCUCCGCUGAUGCGCGUAAGCCAUACGAGCAUGCUCUAUUUUCUUCACGAAAACCAGAUGUGGGAAGCUGGGCGUCGUCUUCUGCUGCUGCUGCCACUAAUGACAGAGACUAUUACUUUGAUUCCCGUGGAGAUCGUGAUAAUUUGGCCUUUGGAUGCCUAUACAAAAUGGAUGUUGCUCGGUACAAACUUCAUAACACUAGGAAAACAUUUGAGCUUAAUUAUUGUUGGCGGAACCAUAAUAGCAUUUUUGAUCCAGACGGUGAUGUUGAUGCAUUUGAUAGCAAGCUCAGAGCUGAGGGUCGCUACUGGUCUGCAAAAUAUGCUGCUGUGGAGCGUCAUAAGAACUUGAAGCGAACGCGAAUUUUUUCUCAUGCAAGGCCCCAGUUGAAAGAUUCUGUUGAUUUUAUCCCUUUGAUUGAUGAAGGAUCUGGAGGUGAAUCAGUUUCAGGAGCUACUGUAGUGGAGGAAUCAUGGGAAGAUGAAAUAUUUUGCAAGACAAAGGAGUUCAACAAGAUGACAAGAGAACGACCACAGGAUGAGAAAAUUUGGUUGGACUUCGCUGAUUUUCAGGACAAGGUUGCCAGUAUGCAGCCACAUAAAGGCGCUCGUCUUCAAAUACUUGAAAAGAAGAUUAGUAUUCUGGAGAAGGCUACUGAACUUAAUCCAGAUAGUGAAGACCUGCUUCUCUCUCUUAUGAAUGCUUACCAGAGCAGAGAUAGUAUAGAUGUCUUGAUAAGUCGGUGGGAAAGGAUACUUCUGCAAAACUCUGACAGUUAUACUUUGUGGAGAGAAUUUUUGCGGUUUGUUCAGGGUGAAUUUUCAAGAUUCAAGGUGUCCGAAAUGAGAAAAAUUUAUGCAAAUGCAGUACAAGCUUUAUCUGGUGCAUGCAGUAAGCAGCAUAGGCAGGUCUGCCAAGGUGCUAUGCCAGUUUCUCUUGAUCCAGCUAUUGUAAAACUAGAAGUUGGUUUAGUUGAUAUAUUUAUGUCUCUCUGUCGGUUUGAGUGGCAAGCGGGGUACAAAGAGUUGGCUACUGCCUUGUUUCAAGCAGAGAUUGAAUAUAGCUUGUUCUCCCCUUCUUUACUUCUUAGCAAAAACAGUAAACAAAGACUUUUUGAACAUUUUUGGAGUAGCAAUGGUGCUAGAGUUGGGGAAGAUGGAGCACUUGGCUGGUCAACAUGGUUAGAAAAGGAGGAAGAACAGAGACAACGGGCAGUGGAGGAAUCUUCAACUAAUGUUGACGAAGGUGGUUGGACUGGUUGGUCAGAACCAUUAUCGAAAAUCAAAGAAAUUAAUGAAGUUUCAGAAAAGGUGAUAGAUAGUGAUGGUGUUCUCGAGGAGUUAGAGGAUGGAGCUGAAAUGCAAGAAGCUGAUGAGAAGGAUGAUACUGAAGCUUUGUUGAAAAUGCUUGGGAUUGAUGCUGCUGCUGCUGAAGUGAAUGGUGAGGUCAAAGACACAAGAACAUGGGCUAGGUGGUCAGAAGAAGAGGUAGAAAGGGAUUCAGACCAGUGGAUGCCUGUUCGUGCAAAUUGUGACGAUGACCAACUUUUGAGAGUAAUAGAAUAUGAGGAUGUCAGUGACUACUUAUUCUCAAUAUAUUCUAAGGAAGCACGCUUGUCUCUGGUAUCCCAAUUUAUUGAUUUCUAUGGCGGGAGGAUGACUCAAUGGACUUGCACUAAUAGUUCUACUUGGGUGGAGAAGACCCUUAGUCUGGAGGCACUGACGGAUCCUUUGUUAGAUGAACUGAGAGUUAAUGAUUUUUUAACAAAAAGUGAGGGAAACCCAGUUGGUAUCAGUUUGGAGCAUCUUUUGAGCAGUGCUAAUGGCAUAUCUAUGCGCACCAAUAUGAUGAAAUUUCUCCGUAAUGCUUCAUUGCUUUGCAUGACUGUAUUCCCACAAAAUUUCAUCCUUGAAGAAGCAGCUCUUGUUGCUGAGGAGCUGUCAAAUACCAUGAUGAAUUCAUCCAGCUGUUCAGUCACCCCUUGUCGAGUGCUUGCAAAGAGUCUAUUGAAAAGUAACCGCCAGGAUAUAUUGCUAUGUGGAGUCUAUGCACAGAGAGAAGCAGUGUUUGGGAAUAUUGAUCAUGCUAGAAAGAUUUUUGACAUGGCAUUGUCAUCCAUUGAAGGGCUUCCUGUGGACGUUCGGAGAAACGAGUCUCUGUUAUAUCUCUGGUAUGCUGAAGUAGAGCUGGCAAACUUUUCUCAUGGUAGUCCAGAAUCAUUGCUCCGUGCUUUACACAUUUUAUCUUGCCUGGGAAGUGGUGUGAAAUACACUCCUUACAAAUGUCAACCAUCGAGUCUGCUGCAGCUGAGAGCACGCCAAGGAUUUAGAGAGAGAAUAAAUUUGCUACGUUCAACCUGGACACGUGGUGGGAUAGAUGACCAGUCAGUUGCUCUUGUAUGUUCAGCCGCUUUGUUUGAGGAAAUUAGUAUUGGAUGGAGAGCAAGUGCUGAAAUUUUUGACCAGGCAUUUUCAAUGGUUCUUCCCGAAAGAAGAAGGAACAGCUAUCAUGUAGAAUCUUUGUUCAACUAUUAUGUUGCCAUGCUUUCUAAACAUCACAGAGAAGUAAAGCUAUCAAAAGUGUGGCAGUCUAUAUUGAACGGGCUGCAGAUGUAUCCUUUCAGUCCAAAACUUUACAGUGCAUUAGUUCAAAUCAGCCAUCUUUACACUUCGCCAAAUAAGCUAAGGCUGGUAUUUGAUGAAUACUGCAAAAAGAAACCAUCUGUUAUUAAUUGGCUAUUUGCAUUGUCAUUCGAGAUAAGUAGAGGUGGUUCCCAGCAUAGAAUACGCAGACUUUUUGAGAGGGCAUUAGAGGAUGAGAAACUGCGGAAUUCGGUGAUAAUCUGGCGUAGCUACAUCACAUAUGAACAUGAUAUAACAUGCAACGCAUCAGCUGCAAGAAGAGUCUUCUUCCGAGCGGUCCAUGCUUGCCCAUGGUCAAAAAAGUUAUGGCUUGAUGGUUUUCUGAAGCUAAAUGCCAUACUCACUGCAAAGGAGCUCUCAGAUCUCCAGGAAGUAAUGCGGGAUAAAGAACUGAAUCUAAGGACGGAUAUUUAUGAAAUUCUUCUGCAAGAUGAGAUGGAAUGCUGAUAUCAUAUAUGUCGAGGAAUGGAUAGCGCAUCUAAGUUCCAAAUUGGUUCAGUUGUGACAUGAGAGGGCUUAUGGAUUACAUACAUAUAUACAUGAAUUAGUUGUGGAUAUCUGCCUCUGCUUCCAAGUCAUCCAUUGCCAUUGGCGUUUAGUUGUAGUUGUUUUAGAGUUGAAAAAUUAAACCCAAUUUUGUCAACUUUGUAAAGCUAAGCUAACUACUUAUGCAAAUGUUAUCGUAGACGGUACAGUUAAUCAUUAGUUGUGCUUCACAUUUAAUUUGUGACUUAACUGUAAUAUAUAUAAGGAUAAUUUGGGUUUUUGUUA